AUGAGUACCUUGAAACGAAAAAAUAAUUCUUGUAUAGCAUGUGGGACAGCAGCUGGUAUGUUUACAUGUCGUGGUUGUUCAAAAACCUUUUGUUUAAAUCAUACUAAUGAACAUCGAGAAAUACUUGAAAAACAAAUGAAUGAAAUAAUUAAUAAUCAUAAUCGUUUAAAACAACAAAUAUCUAAUGAAGAAACAGAUCAAUAUUAUAAACUAUUAAUCGAACAAAUUGAUCAAUGGGAAAAAGAAUCAAUUAAUAAAAUUUAUCGUACAGCUAAUGAAAUUCGUCAACAAUUAAUAAUUAUUACUCGAGAACAUCAAGAUAAUAUAAAAGAAAAAUUAACACAACUUACACAAGAAAUAACUAAAGCUCGUUAUGAUGGAAAUUUUUUUGAAGAUGAUUUAAAACAAUGGACAAAUAUAAUUCAAAGAUUACAAAAUACAUUUCUUGAACAUGAAAAUAUUCAAAUUUCUUCAAUUAAUAAUGGAAAUCCAUUUAUUUCAAAAAUUUCACUUAUUGAUAAAAUAAAUGAUUAUAUGAUACCAUCAAUAAAUCAUUUCAAAUAUCAAACAAAUCAUAAUCAAUUUGAAAAUUGUACAAAUUUAACUUUACAAGGUGAAUAUUUAUCAGGUGAUCAUUUAUUUCGUUUCAAACUUGAUCUUUAUGACUCAAAUAGUUUGGUUAUAAUGGGAAUUAUAUCGAAAAGUAGAUCACAAAAUGAAAAUCCAUAUAAAAAUCCAACAUUUUAUGGUUGGUCAACGAAUAAUAUUGUUUAUCUACAUGGUGUUACUUAUUCUAAUUUUAAUAAUUAUCAAAGUGAUAUAGAAAAAAAUGAUGCAUUUCAAUUAGUUCUUGAUUGUGAUCGAAAACUUAUUCGAUUAAUAAAUGAACGUACACUUCAAACACAUGAAUUGAGUAUAGAUAUUACUAAAUGUCCUUUUCCAUGGCAGCCACAUGUUCGUAUUUUAAAUGAUUUUCAAUGA